AGCUCUAUGGGAACCGAAACCGUAACAAGCGUCAAGCGGUUUCAUUUGUCAGCGAAACCAGCCCAGCGAUGACGGCCAUGGCUACUCUUCCAUCCUUCUCAGGUAUCCCUUGGACUUUCCAUCACAGUAUCCGUCCUGCAUCUCUUUCGUCUCUCAAAAGCUCGUAUAUUGUCACUCUCUUCAGUGCCACCAAGAAACCCAGAAAUUCAGCAAGGCACAGGAGACCCAUCUUGGCUCAAUCGAAAGGCAACAAUUCUGCAGACGUCCCAGAUCGCUUGAUAUCUGCUGUCUGCUACUUCUACCCAUUCUUUGAUGGAAUACAGUAUGGGAAAUACGUUAUCACUCAAUUCCCUGCCAUCCAGAUCCUCUUACAACCUUUGUUUCCGGCUAUUCGAGUCUUCAAGAGCUUCCCGUUGAAUGGGUUUUUGGUGUUUCUGACACUUUACUUCGUCGUCGUUAGAAAUCCUAACUUUAGUAGAUAUGUAAGGUUCAACACGAUGCAAGCUAUAGUUCUUGAUGUGCUUUUGAUCUUUCCCGAUCUUUUGGAAAGGAGCUUUAAUCCCAGGGAGGGUUUAGGUUUGGACUUGAUGAUGAGCUUGGACAGUAGCGCUUUCUUGUUUCUCUUGGUCUGCUUGAUUUACGGGUCCACGUCUUGCCUGCUGGGUGAGGUGCCCAGAUUGCCGAUUGUAGCUGAAGCCGCUGAGAGGCAAGUUCCAUGAUCUCCUUGUUUGAUAUGUUCAUUAUCUAAACCUUUUUCUUUUUAUAGCUUGAAUCAAGAUGUUACAUAGUUAUAAUAUGCUACAAGAAACAACAACAAAGAGAGAGGGGGGGGGGGGGAGGAGUUAAUGCUGUUGUAUAUUCUGGUUAUUCAGCCAACGAGUCUGAUUAUUUCUUUGGGGAUGGUUAAUGCUGUUGUAUAUUCUGGUUAUUCUGCUGUUUAAAGGACUGGACUCAUGCUUUCCCUUUGAUAUUUAGAGAUGAGAAACCAGUGAAACAGAAUACAAACAAAUUUGAGUAUGAAGUAUGAAGUAUGAAGUAUAACAGUGUUCUAUUUCUUUCUGUCUGUA